AUGGCGACAGCGGUAUUAAAGCAGUCAGUGUUGCUCGCGCGAGGUACUCAAUCUCUAGCCGAUCUUCAGACGACUAGCGGGAAGAAGGGAGGAAAGGCGUCGUCGUUUUUCGGAGCAUCUGUGGCAGUGCACGCAAGGUCUAGGUUUCUCUCCGGUGCUGCUGUCUGCAGACGCGUGACCGUCCGCGAUACGGCCAAUGUCGCAAGCCGUCGCUUUAACUUGUCGCGUGCGACUGCUGUGUACUCGACGGCAAAUGUUGCGACGGAUGACGUCGAGAAGGCCUAUGAGGUGGCGGACGCGGAGGAGCUCCUUAAGGAGCACGGAGCGUGCGGUGUCGGCCUGAUCGCAUCGCUAAAGAACGAGUCCACGCAUAAGAUUAUCGAGCAGGGCCUGACGGCGCUGGGGUGCAUGGAGCAUCGCGGCGGGUGCAGCGCCGACAACGACUCGGGCGACGGCGCGGGGCUCAUGACGGCCGUGCCUUGGGAUCUCCUCGACAGCUGGCAGCAGGAGAACGGCCGCGGCCCGCUCGACCGCGCCGCGACGGGCGUGGGCAUGGUGUUCCUGCCGAAGAAGGAGAGCGACGCCGAGACCGCCAAGAAACUGGUGGAGGCAGUGAUCAAGGAGGAGGGGCACGGGCUGGAGGUGGUGGGGUGGCGCCAGGUGCCAGUCAACGAGGCCGUGGGGACAGUGCUUAGAUGGCUGGUGGAGGCAGUGAUCAAGGAGGAGGGGCACGGGCUGCAGGUGGUGGGGUGGCGCCAGGUGCCAGUGAACGAGGCCGUGGUGGGCCCCUUCGCGCGCGUCACGCUCCCCGCCAUCCAGCAGCUCGUGCUCUCCGUGCCAGGCCUCGCCCCGGACGACACGGAGCGCGAGCUCUACAUCCUCCGAAAGCUCAUCGAGAAGGCUGUCACACGCACCAUCGCAGCAGAGGCAGCAGCCGCGGGGGUGCCAACAACAGAGCAUCCGUUGAACGACCUGUACUUCUGCUCGCUGUCCAGCAAGACGAUCAUCUACAAGGGCAUGCUGCGCGCGGCGGUGGUGGGGGCGUUUUACGCGGACCUGAAGAACGAGCUGUUCCGCAGCCCGUUUGCCAUCUACCACAGGCGGUUUAGUACCAACACGACGCCCAAGUGGCUGCUGGCGCAGCCCAUGCGGUUCCUGGGGCACAACGGCGAGAUCAACACGCUGCAGGGGAACCUGAAUUGGAUGGUUUCGCGCGAGCCCACGCUCACGUCGCCCGUGUGGCGCGGCCGUGAGGCGGAUAUCUUCCCCGUGGUUAAUCUCGCUGCGUCUGACUCGGCUAAUCUGGACGGUGUUGCUGAGCUGCUGCUGAACAGUGGCAGGCGGCCGGAGGAGGUGCUGAUGAUGCUCGUGCCCGAGGCCUACCAGAACCACCCCACGCUCUCCGCCAAGUACCCCGAGGUGGUGAGUUUCUACGAGUACUACAAGUCGCAGAUGGAGGCGUGGGAUGGACCUGCCCUGCUCGUCUUCAGCAACGGGAGGACAGUGGGAGCGUGUCUGGAUCGCAACGGGCUGCGCCCGGCGAGGUACUGGAGGACCAACGACGACAUGCUCUACGUCGCCUCUGAGGUGGGAGUGCUGAACAUGGACGAGGCGACCAUCGUGAGCAAGGGCCGUCUGGGGCCAGGCAUGAUGAUCUCCGUCGACCUGCACACCGGCGAGCAUUGCUUGCAAGAGGUGCUAUCCAACACGGCCAUCAAGAGGCAGGUGGCGAACGCACACCCCUUCAAGGAGUGGCUCGAUAAGGAGUCGCGUCAGAUCGUCCCCAUGCCCUUCGCCGCUGAGCCAGCCCUCUCCCCUGACGAAGUGCUCCGCAGGCAAAACUAUUCACACGCCCCCCUGCUGUCCACCCGCCCCCCUCCUGUUCACUCACAUGCCUCCUCUCUCUUUUUCAUGGUUGUCCCUCAUAUGACUCGCCUCGCCACCCUGUGCCAUCUUUCCACAUGUCCGUUGCUCCCCACCCCCUAUCCCGCUCCCACCUCCCAAUGCAAACCCAUCGGCCCUUCUCCACCAACCCCCAAGCUCCCGGGCGACAACACGCCGCUUGCCUCAUCGCCAGCAUGUGCCGUCUUCCCACGUCUCUGUUACCCUCCCCCUAUCCUGCUCCCAUCUCCCAAACCAAGCCCAUCAAUCCUUUACACUAACCACCAGGCUAUCCUUUACCACCCCCCACCACCGCAAACCCCCGACAGUGCGUACGGGUAUUCGAGUGAGGACGUGGUGAUGGUGAUAGAGAGCAUGGCAGCGCAGGCCAUCGAGCCCACCUUCUGCAUGGGCGACGACACGCCCCUCCCCGUGCUCUCCGCGCGCCCCCACCUCCUCUUCAACUACUUCAAGCAGCGCUUUGCCCAGGUGACGAACCUGGCCAUUGACCCCCUGCGUGAGGGUCUGGUGAUGUCGCUGGAGAUUGCUUGCAUGGCUCCCAAGCUGGCCCAAUUUGCACCUUGUACUCACGACCCUUGUUGCUGCCAUUUCCCUCCACCGCACUCCUCUCCACCCCUGCAGGUGACGAACCCGGCCAUCGACCCUCUGCGAGAGGGCCUGGUGAUGUCCCUGGAGAUAGCGCUGGGGCGGCGAGACAACAUCCUCGACGUGGGCGCUGAGCACGCGAACGUGGUGCGUGCACUGCUAGGGGUGUGGAGGGGAGGGAUCUGGGGUUGCGGUGGAGUGCGCCUGACCUCGCCAGUGCUGAACGAGGCGGAGAUGCAGGAGCUCAUGGACGACAAGCAGCUCGCAGCAGCGCGCCUGCCCAUCUUCUUCGACGUCUCCCAGGGCGUUGAAGGCGCCCUCUCCCGCGGCCUCGACGCCCUCUGUGCCGCCGCCGACGCUGCUGUUGAGUCCGGAGCGCAGCUGCUAGUGCUGUCGGACAAUGCCGACCAGCUCGACGCCACCCGGCCGGCGAUCCCGGCGUUAUUGGCCGUGGGGGCGGUGCACCACCAUUUGAUCCGCACAGGGAAGCGCCUGAAUGCGUCGAUAGUGGUGGAGACGGCGCAGUGCUUCAGCACUCACCACUUUGCGUGCCUGGUGGGGUAUGGUGCCAGUGCUGUGUGUGCGUACGGUGCCCUGGAGACGGUGCGGCAGUGGCGGGCGAGUGAGAAGACGCAGAAGCUCAUGACGUUUGGCAAGCUGCCCACUGUCACCUCGGAGCAGGCCCAGCUCAACUACCGCAAGGCGAUAGAGAAGGGGCUGAUGAAGAUUCUGUCCAAGAUGGGCAUCUCGCUGCUGGCGAGCUACUGUGGCGCGCAGAUCUUUGAGAUCUACGGGCUCGGCGCCCCGGUCGUGGACCGCGCCUUCAAGGGCUCCGUCUCCCGCAUUGGCGGACUCACCCUCGACGAGCUCGCAAACGAGAGUCUGACGUUCUGGGCGAAGGGGUUUGGCGCGGAGGGCAAGGGGAAGCUGGAGAACAUGGGGUUCCUGCAGGUGAGGCAGGGCGGCGAGUACCACAGCAACAACCCCGAGAUGAGCAAGCUGCUGCACAAGGCCGUGCGCCAGGGGGAGCAGACCGCCUACUCCGCCUACCAGGCCCACCUCGCCACGCGCCCCGUCAACGUCCUCCGUGACCUGCUCGAGCUCGACACUGCCAGCCGCACGGCGAUUCCCCUGGAGGAGGUCGAGUCGGCGGCGUCGAUCGCCACGCGGUUCUGCACCGGAGGCAUGUCUCUGGGCGCCAUUUCCAGGGAGUGCCACGAGGUGAUCGCGGUCGCGAUGAACCGGCUGGGCGGGAAGAGCAACUCGGGUGAGGGCGGAGAGGACCCGAUGAGAUGGGUGGAGCUGGAGGAUGUAGAUGCAGACGGGCGGUCGCCCACCUUCCCCCAUCUCAAGGGGUUGAGGAACGGCGACAAGGCGACGAGCGCGAUCAAGCAGGUGGCGUCGGGGCGGUUUGGCGUAACGCCGACGUUCCUGGCGAAUGCGGAGCAGCUGGAGAUCAAGGUGGCGCAGGGGGCGAAGCCGGGCGAGGGUGGGCAGCUGCCGGGCAAGAAGGUGUCGCCCUACAUUGCCCAGCUCCGGAGCUCCAAGCCGGGCGUGCCACUCAUCUCGCCCCCGCCCCACCAUGACAUCUACUCCAUUGAAGACCUUGCUCAGCUCAUCUUCGACCUCCACCAGGUGAACCCAGCGGCGAAGGUGUCUGUGAAGCUGGUGGCGGAGGCGGGCAUCGGAACAGUGGCGAGCGGAGUGGCCAAGGCGAAUGCGGACAUCAUCCAGAUCUCGGGGCAUGAUGGCGGCACGGGCGCCAGCCCCAUCAGCUCCAUCAAGCAUGCUGGCGGGCCCUGGGAGAUGGGUCUCACUGAGACGCACCAGACACUUCUCGCCAACGGGCUGAGGGACCGUGUGGUGCUGAGGGUGGACGGGGGCAUCAAGUGCGGCACGGACGUGCUCGUGGCGGCUGCCAUGGGCGCUGACGAGUUUGGCUUUGGGUCGCUCGCCAUGAUCGCCACGGGGUGCAUCAUGGCUCGCAUCUGCCACACCAACAACUGCCCUGUGGGGGUUGCUUCUCAGAGGGAGGAGCUGAGGGCACGCUUCCCAGGGGUGCCGUCAGACCUGGUCAACUACUUUGUCUUCGUUGCAGAGGAGGUCAGUGCCGUUCCACUCCCUCGCCCUCUCCCUCUCCCUCGCCCUCUCCCUCUCCCUUUUUCUCCCUCUCCUGCUUGUGCUUGGUCUCUCCUCCUCCCUUUUAAAGGCGCGAUGAGUUCGGACCACCCUGCACAUAUCCCUCCCCCCUUUCCCCUUCCGUCGGUAUUCCCUCAUCAGUUCCCUGCUAGUUGGCCGCCUCCCCUCCUCACUCGUCCACCUCCGCCCUUUGAAACCCAUCUCUCUCCUCCCUGCGCCUUGCAGGUGCGGGUGGGGUUGGCAUCACUGGGCAUGAAGAGUCUGGACGAGCUGGUGGGGCGAGUGAACGCACUCAAGGCCAGGGAUGUGGCACUCGCUAAGACCAACUCCAUCGACCUCUCCUACCUCCUCACCUACCCCGGGGUGUCAUCAGCAAGCAGCACGGAGCGCAUGGCACAGGAGGUGCACUCCAACGGACCCAUGCUGGACGACACCCUCCUCGCCAACCCCACCGUGAUGGCGGCCAUAGAGCAGAACAAGGUGGUGCAGCUGGCCACGCCCAUAGUCAACACGGACCGCUCCACGUGUGGCCGCGUGGCGGGCGCCAUUGCCAAGCGCCAUGGGGACUCGGGCUUCACAGGCGCCGUCAACAUCACGUUCAAGGGCAGUGCAGGGCAGUCGUUUGGGUGCUUCCUGGCGGGCGGCAUGAACAUCCGCCUCAUUGGCGAGGCCAACGACUACGUCGGCAAGGGCAUGGCAGGGGGGCAGAUAGUGGUGGUGCCGUCCAAGGAAGCGACCUUCCAGGCCGAGACAGCCACCAUCAUCGGCAACACGUGUCUCUACGGCGCCACAGGCGGGCGGCUGUUUGUGCGCGGGUGUGCGGGGGAGCGCUUCGCUGUGCGCAACUCCAACGCGCAGGCUGUGCUGGAGGGCGCCGGCGACCACUGCUGCGAGUACAUGACUGGCGGCACCGUCGUGGCCCUUGGCAAGGUGGGGCGCAAUGUAGCAGCGGGCAUGACAGGAGGCAUCGGGUACUUCCUGGAUGAGGACAACACCUUCUCCCCUAAGGUGAACCGGGAGAUUGUGGCGAUGCAGAGAGUGGUGUCGCCAGGAGGCCAGCAGCAGCUCAAGUCGCUCAUCCAGGACCAUGCGGAUCUGACGGGCAGUGCCAAGGCGGCCGCCAUCCUGGCGGAGUGGGACAAGUUCCUGCCGCUCUUCUGGCAGCUCGUGCCGCCCAGCGAAGCCAACUCGCCAGAAGCCAAGGCGCCUGCUGCUGAAGAACCCGUCGCUGCGCUUGCAUGA